GAACUACAACAACACUAUUCCGAGCACCGACAACAAAGUCUGAACACGACAACAUGACUUCAGUACAGCAGCUAUUCUCCCUCGAGGGCCAAACCGCCCUCGUAACAGGCGGUACACGGGGUAUUGGUCAGUCUAUGGCAAUUGCCCUCGCAGAAGCAGGAGCAGACAUCCUCCUCGUCCAGCGCGACACCUCCAACCAAUCCACAAAAGAAGCCAUUGAGAAACUUGGCCGCAAAGCAACAAUCUACACCGCCGACCUUUCCUCUUCAUCCAGCGUCUCUAAUCUGGUCCCUGCCGUCCUGAAAGACGGCCAUAGAAUCCACAUCCUGCUCAACUGCGGCGGCAUCCAGCGUCGACAUCCUGCGCACCAAUUCCCAGACUCUGACUGGGAAGCUGUGCUCCAGGUGAAUCUGACAUCCGUCUUCACGCUAUGCCGAGAUGUCGGCGCACACAUGCUGGAGCAGCCAAAUGACCUGCCACUACAGCGUCGCGGGUCUAUCAUAAACAUCGCGUCGCUACUCACGUUUCAGGGCGGGAUCACGGUGCCAGCCUAUGCAGCGAGUAAGGGCGGGGUUGGACAGUUGACCAAGGCGCUGAGUAAUGAGUGGGCCAGCAAGGGCGUGACAGUCAACGCUGUUGCGCCAGGGUACAUCGCGACUGAGAUGAACACUGCGCUUAUACAGGAUGAGAAGCGUGCCGAGAGUAUCCUAGCGAGGAUUCCGGCUGGACGAUGGGGCGCACCCGAGGACUUCAAGGGUGUGAUAGUUUAUUUGGCGAGUGCAGCAAGUGCGUAUGUAAGUGGAGAGGUUAUUACGGUCGAUGGAGGUUGGAUGGGGAGGUGAUUGUAUUGUAUUAUAUAUGUCGUCAGCAAGAUAGACUUCAAUCUUUAAUUGGUGUUUCGUGAUUAUAUAGCUCUCUAUGGUCCAAUCAAACACUUUGUC